CAAGGACAUAUUAACUUUACUCGGACGCUCACAUUCUCUUUGGAUCCCAUGGCGACGACAAGUUCUACGCACGUGCCCCGGACGCUGUGGUACGCGGCCAAGACGGGCGACCUCACGCUUCUCCGAACGCUUGUCGAAGUCGAGAGCGAGCAUUUCGACGCUGAGGACGCCGAGUUUAAGACGCCCUUUUACUAUGGCUGCUCGUGCGACCACCCGCAUGUGCUCAAGUAUCUCCACGAGCUCUACGCUGCGAACGGCCUGGCGCUCUCCAAGGACCAGCUCCAGUGGUGCGAUGUGAGCUGCCUCAUGCCGGACGUGCGCGCGUUCCUUCAAGGCAAGACGACGAUCGACCAAGUGAUUGCGGACCGCGACCUCGAGGUGCGCUGGGCGGCCAUGAGUAUUUGGGACGCUGCCGCCGAAGGGCACCUGAAGAAGCUCCGGGAGCUUGCAUCCACCGACCCAGCAAUCGUCACAAGCGAAAACACCAGUGGGCAGAGCCCGUUGCAGGUCGCCGUCGCCACCAACCAAAUCGCGGCGGCGGGGUACCUCUUGCCAUUGACAAAGGCAGCGAUGGAGGGCGACGCGUUCGAUGCGCUGAUCACGCGCUUGGUCGCGCAAACAUCGGUCGACAUGAUGCUUCAAGUCCUCGCGGGCAAAGCGACGAUGAAGGACAUCAUGAUGUACCAGCGCCGCCUCGCCAUUCGAUAAACCUACGUCGUCCAUCCGCUGAUCCCAACACAACAAGCUUGUUUUCCCAACUGUGAGCUUGGACGAUGCGUGGAUAUUGUCUGAUACGAAGACGACGAUAUAUCGAAAUGAGCCAAUUCAACGCGUUUUAUUGGACAACUUACAGUGCAUGUGUGUUGGUUCAACACGUAAACACAUA